GAGGGAAAAAGGAGCGUGUUUUUAGGUACCCGAUCAUUGUUGUUGGAUUCCUUCUUUCCUCGCCGCGGCACCACGGCAGCACCAGCCGAACAGGUGUGGCCUCCUUCUAUAAGGGCAUAAGGCCCCCGUCCGUUCCACUCCGUCGCUGCGAAGUGGAGGAGCUAGCAUGUAUCCCGGACGCGAACGCGCACGGGCACACGCGCGCCAACGGCACCACCACCAUCACCACCCGGCGAGGUAGGGAGGGAGGGUUGGGAGAGACAUGGGUUGCUAUCCUCCCUUGGACAAGAUCGUGUCCAAAGCGCUCGGAAAAUGUAACGGGCGCGACAGAUGGAGGAAGGAGAGGCUGGACUACGCCCUGGCCUACCCGCCUACAGAAAUCCACUACAUGCGGCCGGAAGCGCGCACGGUCACCUUCGCCAGCAACAACUCCGUCUACGUGAUCCCACCGUCUCCGCCACCGCCGCAGCAGCCGCCGUCGCAGCAGCAGAGCCCACCGGAGCCGCCCCGGCAACCGCAAACGCCGCCGCAGCCCGAGCCCGAGCAGCACCACGACGCACCCCAAUCCCAACCGCAACCCCAACCGGAGCAACCCGCCGAGGCCGAGGCACCCUCGCAAACGCAGGACGCGCCGCCACCGGCCGAGCCGAAGCCGCCGAAGGGCCCGAAACGGGGCAAGAAGAAGCAGUCCGGCCGCGUCCGGUUCGGCCCCGAGCCUCCCCCUCCGCAGCAGGAGGAGCAACCGCAGCAGCAGGAGGAGCACGACGCGCAGGGCCCGGGCGACAGCGGGAACGCGCCGGCGCCGGGUCGGCAGGAGCCUCAGUGCGCGGCGCCGGCGCCCGCGCCCGCGCAGGGGCAGGGGUACCUGCUCCGGUACACGCCGUCGCCGCUGCCGAGGUGGGAGGCGACGCCGCGGCGGCACGAGUACUUCUCCGGGGAGUACCGGAGCUACUACCCGACGCCGGUGCGCGAGGGCAUCUACCGCAUCGCCACCGACGCCAACAGGCUCACCACCAUCUUCAGCGAGGAGAAUCCCAACGCCUGCACGAUCGCCUGAGGGCGACGGCGAGGGAAUAAACCGUCUCCAUUCGUGCGAUCCCUUUCCUCUCUUUUCUUCGGUUCUUGGCUGAUGAUCAAGUGCAGGGAUCGUGCGCCGAGAAUCAGGUUCUUCUUGUAGGUGUUGUGUAGAUAAGAAAAGUAAGGAGAAAACUUUCGGUUCGGCUGGCAAUGAUGUUGAGACGAAACAUUCCUUGUGCUGCCUGCCUUGGAUUGUCGUUGCCCUCUCCUGCGUUUUGAUAUUCCUCAUCACGAUGGUUAGUCUGACGGCCGCCAAAGAGAGACGAUGAAUAACAACAGGCUUCGGCGUUCGCCAGUGAGAAUGCGUUGAAAGGAAACACAAACUCCAUCGUCCAUCCUCUCUUUCUUUUCUUCUUUUUCGAAUGCCAUCAUUAAAAAGAGGUCAUGCUAAUGUAAGCCUGUCCUUUUGAUUGAUACCUCCGAAAUAGUAAUGAACUCCUCGCAAAUACUA